AUGGAGGACCAAGGUGCAGAUGUCCACAAUUUCUCCACUUCGCCUUCUCAACACCGUCUGCCUACUGUCUCCGGUACUGAAGCCCUUCAGAAUGCCUCAACCAAGACCAAAGCUAUUCCUUCAAGUCUCCCGGCGCUGGACAGAAUAUUUCUGCCGAAUGGACCCUCCCUAGCCACACCCGGGAUACCAAGAGGCUGUGUGACCGAGGUUUUUGGUCCUCCAGGAGUCGGGAAGACCACCUUUGCCCUUCAGGUCACUAGCAAUGCCCUUCACUCUCACAACCCCGAAUCUCACGUCCUGUGGGUCAAUACUGGCUCCCCACUUAUAGAAAAAAGACUUCAAGAAAUAAUGGAGGACCGUACUUCCUCAGAUAAUGACCAUCCACCUUCAUCCUCAUCCCGUCCGUACGAUAUUGAGUCGCUCCUCGAGGAGAAGUUCGUCUACCUUCAGGCACACACGCUACCAAGGCUUCUGACCCUAUUUUUACAUCCAUCACCAUCUCUUCCGUCUUCCAAGACGUGCCUAAUGGUCGUCGACGACUUGUCUAACUUGCUCCUCGGAUCCUUUUCCAGGAGUCCUGGGACCAUGAAACCCGGUAUCCCAGCAGCUGUCAAGGAGAAAUUGGAAAAGAAAAUCGCCAGAAGAAGGUAUCAAAUUAUAGAGACCCUCGCGGCCGCCAUGUCGAAGAUGGCAGUACUUAGGAGCGUGGCCAUCCUGGUGCUGACAAAUUCCACGAUGAGUUUAAAGAACGGUCAAAAGGCGACUCUGAAAUCCGCAUUAGCAAGUCAAUCCUGGGAUACGACCGUGCAUACGAGGAUCAUGCUUUACCGCGACUUUGCAGAUGAUGAACAUGAGGCUGAAAUAUCUAAGCGAGGGGGGGGGGGCCUGAGAUACGCCGAAGUACAAAGAUUAGCCCGCAAGAAUGUCUACACCACGCCUGUACCCUUCGUCAUCUCGACUGGUGGACUGCACCAACUCAGCCUGGACAACUCAACCAGCAACCAUGAACCAGCAGACGAAUCCAACGGAUCACAAGGGCUCGCUCCAGUUGACAGCGACCUCCCCUUGCUCCCUGUGGAGCUACCACAACACUCAAAAUCCAAGAAGCGCAAAGCGGUUGAGAUAGCCGAAAGCGAGGACGAGGAUGACGAUGGUGACGAUGGCGACGAUCCACGCUCAGAUAUUGACGAGCCACAGCUUCCAAAACUAGGUGCUCGAGAAAGAGGGGCCUCUGAAGGACAUGACGAAAUGAUUCUCGACACCCAUGAAAUGGUUCUGUUGCGCAGCUAUCGAUACGCGAGUAUCAGAGGUUCUGAGGAUGCAGUACCACUGCAGUUAUCAUCGUCCGACGGAGAGGAGGAAAGGGAAACGGAAUACAGAGGCAAAGAUGCAGAUGACGACGGCGAUGGCGCGAGACUACCCUGA